AUGGCUCUGAACACUUCUACCAUGGAUGGAGCCGGGCUGGCCGUGGAGAGGGAUUUCUCCUUUCGAAUCCUUACGGCCUGUUUCCUGUCCCUGCUCAUCCUGUCCACUCUCCUGGGGAAUACCCUCGUCUGUGCGGCUGUCAUCAGGUUUCGACACCUGCGGUCCAAGGUGACCAACUUCUUUGUCAUCUCUCUAGCUGUGUCAGAUCUCUUGGUGGCCGUCUUGGUCAUGCCCUGGAAAGCCGUGGCUGAGAUUGCUGGCUUUUGGCCCUUUGGGUCCUUUUGCAACAUUUGGGUAGCCUUUGACAUCAUGUGCUCCACCGCAUCCAUCCUUAACCUCUGUGUGAUCAGCGUGGACAGGUACUGGGCUAUUUCCAGCCCUUUCCAGUAUGAGAGGAAGAUGACCCCCAAGGCAGCCUUCAUUUUGAUCAGCGUAGCCUGGACUCUGUCUGUCCUCAUCUCCUUUAUCCCAGUGCAGUUAAGCUGGCACAAGGCAAAACCUACGUGGCCCUUGGAUGACAAUGCCACUUUCCUGGAAGACACCGAGGAUGCCAACUGUGACACCAGGUUGAGCAGGACGUAUGCCAUUUCAUCCUCCCUCAUAAGCUUUUACAUCCCCGUAGCCAUUAUGAUCGUCACCUACACCAGUAUCUACAGGAUUGCCCAGAAACAAAUCCGGCGCAUCUCAGCCUUGGAGAGGGCAGCGGUCCAUGCCAAGAAUUGCCAGACCACCACGGGUAAUGGCAACCCCGCGGAAUGCUCUCAAUCAGAAAGUUCCUUUAAGAUGUCCUUCAAGAGAGAGACUAAAGUGCUGAAGACCCUGUCGGUGAUCAUGGGGGUGUUCGUGUGCUGCUGGCUCCCCUUCUUCAUCUCGAACUGCAUGGUCCCCUUCUGUGGCUCUGAGGAGACUCAGCCCUUUUGCAUUGAUUCCAUCACCUUUGAUGUGUUUGUGUGGUUUGGGUGGGCAAAUUCUUCCUUGAACCCCAUUAUCUACGCCUUUAAUGCUGAUUUCCAAAAGGCAUUCUCAACCCUCUUAGGAUGCUAUAGACUCUGUCCUACGACGAAUAAUGCCAUAGAGACAGUUAGCAUCAACAACAACGGGGCUGUGUUUUCCAGCCACCACGAGCCUCGGGGCUCCAUCUCCAAGGAUUGCAAUCUGGUUUACCUGAUCCCUCAUGCCGUGGGUUCCUCCGAGGAUCUGAAGAAGGAGGAGGCAGGUGGAAUAGCUAAACCUCUGGAGAAACUGUCCCCGGCCUUAUCCGUCAUAUUGGAUUAUGACACCGAUGUCUCUCUAGAGAAGAUCCAACCUGUCACACACAGUGGACAGCACCCGACCUGAAUUCUGGGUCCUCAUCUCUGAAGCUAGGAUUUCCCUCGAGCUUGCUCUUAAGGAAUUACGGCCCGGGUGGGACUGUGAGCCACCGUGAGAUUCCCUCUGCUGCUUCUGA